CUGUGUGAGUUAAUGGCUCCUCCUGCUUGAUAUAGAGACAGAGCUGGUAGAGAGCUGUGCAGGAGGGAGCAGUCCGAAAAAACAUAAACUACACCUCGGGUAGCUAGCUAGCGCGGUGGGUGGUUUGAGAGAGACCGGCGCACGGGGUUGUAGUCGAGGCCUGGUGUUAAAGCGCAAAGUGGACGGUCGAGGAAAGCGUUUUGUAUUUUAACAACCGACUCCCCAAAUGAACUCCGUCAGAGCCACCAACCGGAGACCCAGGCGAGUCUCAAGGCCGCGCCCGGUGCAGCCCGACCAGAACGAGGGCGACCGAGCAGAUGAGGAGGCUCCAGCUGCAGCAGCGGAGGUGGCUGUGGAGGAGUCCGGGCCUGCAGCUGGGAACAGCCCCUACCAGCUCCGACGCAAGUCUCUAUUGCCCAAGAGAACAGCCUCCAGUACUGCAGUGGCUUGUCCCAGCAAGACUGCUAUGGAGGGAGCAUCCACCUCAACAACCGAACCCUUCGGCCACCGAGCCAAACGGGCCAGAGUCUCCGGCAAAAGCCACGACCUGCCAGCGGCUCCAGCAGAGCAGUACCUGCAGCAGAAGCUUCCAGAUGAGGUGGUUCUGAAGAUCUUCUCAUACCUCCUGGAGCAGGACCUCUGUCAAACUGCCUGCGUCUGCAAACGCUUCAGCCAGCUAGCCAACGACCCUAUACUCUGGAAGCGUCUGUACAUGGAGGUGUUUGAGUACACACGUCCCAUGAUGCACCCUGAGCCAGGAAAGUUCUACCAGGUCAGCCCUGAGGAACACGACCACCCCAAUCCCUGGAAGGACAGCUUCCAACAACUGUAUAAAGGAGCCCAUGUGAAGCCAGGCUUUGCUGAACAUUUUUACAGCAACCCUGGGAGGUACAAAGGCAGGGAGAAUAUGCUGUACUAUGACACAAUAGAGGAUGCAUUAGGAGGGGUGCAGGAGGCUCAUUUUGAAGGGCUGAUCUUCGUGCACUCUGGGAUCUACACUGAUGAGUGGAUCUACAUCGAGUCCCCCAUCACCAUGAUCGGAGCAGCUCCGGGUAAGGUGUCUGAUAAGGUGGUGAUUGAGAACACCAGAGACUCAACGUUUGUCUUCAUGGAAGGAUCAGAGGACGCCUACGUGGGAUACAUGACUAUCAGGUUUAACCCAGAUGAUAAGUCGGCUCAGCACCACAAUGCCCACCACUGUCUGGAGAUCACUGUCAACUGUUCUCCCAACAUAGACCACUGUAUCAUCAGAUCUACCUGCACAGUUGGCUCUGCUGUCUGUGUGAGCGGCCAGGGGGCGUGUCCUAGCAUCAAACACUGCAACAUCAGCGACUGUGAGAACGUUGGACUUUACAUCACUGACCAUGCGCAGGGUAUCUAUGAGGAUAAUGAGAUCAGUAAUAAUGCAUUGGCGGGAAUCUGGGUAAAAAACCACGGCAACCCCAUCAUCAGACGAAACCACAUCCACCACGGCCGAGAUGUAGGAGUCUUCACCUUCGACCAUGGAAUGGGUUAUUUUGAGAGUUGUAACAUCCACCGGAAUCGCAUAGCAGGCUUUGAAGUGAAGGCGUAUGCUAACCCUACAGUGGUUCGCUGUGAGAUCCACCAUGGCCAAACAGGGGGAAUCUAUGUGCAUGAGAAAGGACGGGGACAGUUCAUAGAAAACAAGAUCUACGCCAACAACUUUGCUGGAGUCUGGAUCACCUCCAACAGUGACCCUACGAUACGGGGCAAUGCAAUCUUUAACGGUAACCAAGGGGGCGUGUACAUAUUUGGUGAUGGGCGUGGCCUGAUCGAGGGGAAUGAUAUCCAUGGCAACGCUCUGGCUGGAAUCCAGAUUAGAACCAAUAGCUGCCCAAUUGUACGCCACAACAAGAUCCACGACGGACAGCAUGGUGGCAUCUACGUGCAUGAGAAGGGCCAGGGUGUGAUAGAGGAGAACGAGGUGUACAGCAACACGCUGGCAGGCGUCUGGGUGACCACCGGCAGCACACCUGUCCUCCGCAGGAACCGCAUCCACAGCGGCAAACAGGUAGGGGUGUAUUUCUAUGACAAUGGUCAUGGGGUGUUGGAAGACAACGACAUCUACAAUCACAUGUACUCUGGCGUUCAGAUACGAACUGGCAGCAACCCCAAGAUCCGACGCAACAAGAUCUGGGGAGGGCAGAACGGAGGCAUACUGGUCUACAACUCGGGUCUGGGUUUCAUCGAGGACAAUGAGAUCUUCGACAACGCCAUGGCGGGCGUGUGGAUUAAGACUGACAGCAACCCCACGCUGCGGCGCAACAAGAUCCACGACGGGAGAGACGGAGGCAUAUGUAUCUUUAACGGAGGGAGAGGUCUUCUGGAAGAGAACGAUAUUUUCAGGAAUGCCCAGGCAGGAGUUCUGAUCAGCACCAACAGCCACCCUGUGCUCCGCAAGAACCGUAUCUUUGACGGCUUUGCUGCAGGUAUCGAGAUAACCAACCAUGCCACGGCGACUCUGGAGGGAAACCAGAUCUUCAACAACCGUUUUGGUGGCCUGUUCCUCGCCUCGGGGGUCAACGUCACCAUGAAAGAUAAUAAGAUAUUGAAUAAUCAGGAUGCCAUAGAGAAAGCUGUGAGCAGAGGACAGUGUCUCUACAAGAUCUCCAGCUACACCUCCUACCCCAUGCACGACUUCUACAGGUGUCACACCUGCAAUACAACAGACAGGAACGCCAUCUGUGUGAACUGCAUCAAGAAGUGUCACCAAGGACACGACGUGGAGUUUAUACGGCACGAUAGGUUUUUCUGUGACUGUGGAGCGGGAACUCUUUCCAACCCCUGUACGCUGGCUGGAGAACCAACGCAUGACACAGACACACUCUACGACUCCGCUCCGCCCAUAGAGUCCAACACGCUGCAGCACAACUGAACAACACACACCCACACUACAUAAACACACACCCUAUAGUCUACACACAUACCACACUCUGUCACACACCACUCGCAAACACGCAAGAACUGUGGCCAUAAGGAGGCAGAAUACGGUGUUCUCAGCAGUGACGGUUAUAGGGACCCUGAAGCUCAGACACUGCUGCACUGGGGGGGGAUCUCUUCUAAAGGGAUUUGUCUGGUCUACUGUAAUGAGAAAUGGACUCGUUAACGGCCACCAAAUGGACGGGUAGAGUGAGCUGGAGUGGGUUGGAGUGGGUUAUGACUGCUCUGUUGGAGAGUGGCCAAUGAGAGACUUCCUUGCCUGUGGCCCUUCACUUCUCUGCGACUCGCCGCGGUCCUGGAAAACAAACUUCCUCCCCUUACAGGAAGAGGAUUAUAUUUAGCCCCGCCCACUGAGAAAGACACUUCUGGUCCCAAGGCAUUGUAGUCCUUGUGGCAACUGUUACUCGGCAGCGGAUGGCUGAUGUACAGUUGUACAUGUACAGCUCACAAGAGAGAGACUGAUCGAGCACUUCAGCUUUUAUAUUAUUUUAAUGCUUUCUCAUGUAGUUUUGUAUUUUCAAGCAAAAAUCUUACUGUACUUGAAUGUCUUUAUAUAUUAUGUUAAUUAUUAUUUUUGUUAGCCCCAGGCUUGCUGCAGUAGCUCUUCAUGUCCCAGUUCUUUCUGUGAAAGAGAAUCGCGUUUAACACUAAUGAAGACCCUCUCCAGGUUAUAGAUAUAUAUAGGACCGGUGGAACAAGGUAGGUAUGGCUGGCUGUUGUGCAUCUGUGUGGAUUGUUGUUUAGUGGGUGCAUGUGUAUGGUUGUGUUCAUAUUCAGCCACUGGAGAGGGUCAGACAUGAGGUAUCGGGACAUGAGUAAUUCUGCAGUCUCCCACCCGCUCCCUACUUCCCUCCCUGUGUAUUGUGGUGACUGGCUCUUCAGGCAGCCUGGAUUGUAAGCAUGUGUACCAUAACAUCUAGACUUAAUAUAUUGUGAAGUAUUAAAAACCAUUAUGUAGAUGCUAGUAUGAAUUCAAAAAGGGUUUUAAUUUCCUAGAAAGAAAAAAAAGAAAGGAAACUGGUCAUUUGUAAGAAAAUAAAACUAUUAGAUCAGU